CGCCGCCGCCGCAAAAACCCCACCAAACACCGUCGAGCACACAUGGCAAUCGAUCCAAGGAACACCAUGGGCGCCUUCGAACCAGAUCAAGACCCAUACGACAGUUCCAUCAACGCCAACAUUCUCAAUUUCGCCAACGACCAAAACCCAACUCUCGACGACUUGCAGUCCACAGCAGAGCAGCCAGUGGCGGCGGCGCGUGACUCCCACGGCGGCCGAACAAGCGCUUUUCAGAACAUGGGUAUGGUGGAAUUGUUGACACAUUUCAGUUUCGGUGGACAAUAUGAUUCAGAAGCAGGCCCCUCAAAUGCCGGCGAAGCAGCAAGCAAUUUUGAAGAAGAUGAUGAUAUUCAAAUACCCAGUGAAGUCAAAUCGAAAUUGCUCGCAAUUUGGCCCGUAACUCCGGUGCCGUUUCUGUGCAGUUGCUGCCAAGUUCUAAGAGAAUUUCUUCAUAGCAAUGGGGUGAACAGCAGAAAACUGGAGAUUCAUGGUCGACUUGGAAUGAUCUGUCAUGCAAUUCUGGAACAUAAACCGAUUGUUAAUGUGGAUAAUAUAAGUCCUCAGUAUCAAAUGUUCGAUUUUUGUGACAAAAGCUUUGAGGAGAUCAAGCAGUUCUUGCUGCAGUAUUGUUUGAAGCAAAUUUUGGAGGAUUAUAAUAUGAUUCCAGAUCCGAUGUCGAAUUUCUACGACGCGCUUUGUGUCGGGAUUGACUGGUUUGAAAAUCUCAAUACUACUGAUGCGUUCUUCCAACAGUCUCCUGAUAAUUCUGAAGAUGAAGAUAUGGAUCAGUCCGUCCCUGGGUUCCAAAAUGAUACGCCUGAGCCGCAAGGCCAACCAUCUAGACGGCCCUCGCUUGCAGCACAGAGGCAGAGAACAGGGAGGAUGACGGUGAACGAUGUGUGGGAGUAUCUUCAUCUUCCGAUAUCAGAAGCAUCGAAGAAGUUGAAUGUGUGCAAUACGGUGUUGAAGAAGAUAUGUCGGCGGAGUGGUCUCAGCCGCUGGCCUUACAGAAAGAUACGAAGUUACGAGAGGCGAAUAGCAGCGCUGAAAACCACAAUAAAUUCCAGUUAUGGAGACACUAGAACCCGAGCCGAAGCUGAGAUCCAAAGGGUUCAGAAAGAACUUUCUGAUUUUUGUGCUCGAAUCAGAAUUUGA